AUGCGACCCGUCGACGUUACCCCCGCGAUCGCCGAAAGACUCUUGGCUACGGUGUACAGCGCGAUAAAGAUCGCGGAUCCAGCAAAGUUCAAAGCAGGCGACUCGACCACCGAGAUGUUUAAGAUCGUUAAAGUGCAGCGUACCAAUCCUGUAACCUAUCUACUCGAGGACUAUCAUGGACAAUCCGUCGCUGGAGCGUUCUACGAGCACGAGUUGCAUCGCGCGACUUAUCCUGACGUGUAUCUCGUGGAGAAAGUACUGCGCAGGAAAGGUGACGAGGUUUACGUGAAAUGGCUGGGAUUCGAUGGAUUGCACAACUCUUGGAUACACAAGGACAAUGUGAUUUAA